AGCUGACAUUACUCUGGGAUAUACUGAACAUAUACUGAACAUAUACUGAACGACAGAGGGGAAGAGGAGGAGGAAGCGGAAACAACCAGAAACUAAAGCACUGUCCCACUAUAUUGACCUGACUGAGGAUAGAGAGAGAGGGGACGACAAGAUAACAAAACAACCACAACGAGAGGGGGAUGAGACAAGAAGAGAAAACACAGAAUCUACUUUGUUUGGAUCAGAGGGACAAUAUCCUUUCCGAGCUACAACGACAGAGAGCACAGAGCAAUUUCCUUGGUGUCAGGUUCUGGUGUGGUUGCUGUUAGGGACUUGGAGGUUCCAUGCUACUUCAGUGCCAUUGACAGUGCCAGGGCCCACAGUGCGGUAGUGGUAGCAUUGACAGUGCCAGGGCCCACGGUGCGGUAGUGGUAGUAUUGACAGUGCCAGGGCACACGGUGCGGUAGUGGUAGUAUUGACAGUGCCAGGGCACACGGUGCGGUAGUGGUAGCAUUGACAGUGCCAGGGCCCACGGUGGGUAGUGGUAGCAUUGACUGGCUAAUUGCAGACAGAAGGCAGAGGACUUUGUAGCAAUCUGGGGAUGACACCGCUGUUCUCCUCAAUCAGACGGUGUUCAGCGAGGUGUGUGCUACUGCAGGUCACCCUCAGUAAGUUAUACGCUCUCCGGGCCGGGCCCUCGCCGCUGCUGCAUUAGGAGCCGCCAAUCAGAACCAACAACCAACUCCACACGGACCGCAGCAGCUGAACUGAGCUCACUGACGGAGCGAGCAGUGAACACGAGACUCAACACAGGGACUGAACAUAGUGACUGGAAGCAGCCGUGUGCAGCAGAGAGAGACAUUGUGAUCCUGUAUAAACAUACAGAGGGUUGACAUACAUACACGUUACAUCUCUACAGUGGGACGGAUAGAGAGAGAGAGAGAUGUAGCCUAUAGAGUAAUGCUGUACGUGUGAUCCUGUAGGGUGUUUAUAUCACACAGGGAGACUGUAGUCAUUUGUAAAGCAGUUACCAUCACAGUUGGAGACGGUGAUGUGUGAUAGUGAACCGUGGGAGACAAUUUAGCUGAUGACGUGUUUGUGUUGUCAAAAGUAUCAUGUGUGGGGAUGGAGCCCCGAGUUGAGAGAUAUGGGUACAGAAACAGUAUAAUGGCUUGUUUCAGAUGGUUUACUCCGAUGUGUCUGUCUGGCUGAUGUAGAGUAAAGAUAUUGGUUUGUUUGGUGUUGGGAUUCUGGUCUGUGGUUUGCCAUUUGAGUGGUUCUAGCCUGUUGGUUUGUAUCAUUGCUUUGCUCCAUUGAUUUGAUGUUUAGUUAUGUAGUCCUACACAGCAGAGCAGCUCUGUUGGCAGACAGUCAUCUGGCUAAUUGUGUGCUGAUAGUUCGCAGCAACGUUGUAAGACAUUCUAGAUCGACGCUGUGGUGUUAGAUCGGUGGUGUUUUAUCAAAAGACUACAGCUCUGAAGAAACGUGUGUGUUGUGUACUGGUAAAACCCCGGCUUUGUUGUGUGUCACUACAGCCCUAGCUGUGCUCUGCUGUGCUCUGCUGUGCUCUGCUCUGUUGCACGGCGCCUGUGUCCUGUGUCACAGAGGAAGCAUUGAUCAGACAGCUACUGAGGCUCAAUACACAAUGAGGCCUGGCCCGAGAUCUCUCCUCCUCCCAACCCCCCUCUCCCUCUCCCUGCGUGCCCUGCUCCUGCUCUGCCUUGCGCCGCGUUGCCAAGCGGUGCAGGCUGAGAAUGUGACAGUGUUGGAGGGAGGCACGGCCCAGAUCUCCUGUCGUCUGCAGAACUAUGACGGCUCCAUCGUGGUUAUCCAGAACCCUCGCAGACAGACCCUCUUCUUCAACGGCACACGAGCGUUGAAGGAUGACCGUUUCCAGAUGGUUCUCUUCACUCCCCGUCUGGUGCGCAUCACCCUCACCAACGUGAGCGUGUCGGACGAGGGCGGCUACUUCUGCCAGCUCUACACCGAUGACACCCACCACCAAGUGGCCACUCUGUCCGUGUCCGUCCCUCCCGACACCCCCACGGUGGAGGUGAAGCAGGAGGCCGUGGAGGGGGGCGAGGUGGAGCUCACCUGCCUGUCGCCGCGCAGCAAGCCCCCCGCCACGCUGCGCUGGAUCAGGGACCGCCGGGAGAUACCAGGUGUGGUGUCCCAGCAGGAAAAUGGGAAGACAGUGAGUGUGUCCAGCACCAUCCGUCUCCCUGUGGAGAGGAAAGACAACGGGGCAGCGGUCAGCUGUGAGGCAUCCCACCCCGCCCGGGGGCAGAAGAGGGUCCGCCACUACCGCCUCGACGUCCACUUUGCCCCCACAGUGAGGAUCAUCCCUCCCCCUGGCAUCCUCCGAGAGGGAGACUCUCUCAGCCUCACCUGCUCCAUCACUGGCAACCCACUGCCUAGAGAUGUCCAGUGGACUAGGAUUAAUGACACCUUACCUGAGAGGGCGGAGAUCUCUGGCCCCACCCUCCAGGUGGCCCGUCUCAGCCAAUCACACAACGGGACCUACCUGUGUCAGGCGCAGAACAACUACGGCCGUGCCGCCGACCACUACACGCUGCUGGUGUACGACCCCGGGGCAGUGAUUGAGACCCACAGUGCAGUACCGUACGCUGUGAUAGGGGGCGUCCUGGCUCUGCUGGUCUUCACCGUCAUCUGUGUUCUCAUCGUCACCGUCUGGUGCUCUGUCCGACAGAAAGGUUCAUAUCUUACCCAUGAGGCCAGUGGGUUGGACGAGCACGGGGAGGUCCAGGAGGCUUUCCUCAACGGGAAUGAUGCCAGUCAGGGCAAGAAGGAGUACCUACUGUAGCCUCGAUCCCCAAAACCCACACCCCUCCCCCAACCCGCCAUGACGGGUGGCCUUCUGAAUCGACUGUAAUACUACUGCACACAGACCACAUUACAGACCACAACACAGACCACAACACAGACCAGAACAGAGACUGAAAGAGAGACGAUCCGUCCAGCCCUUACAUUACAACUGUGCCAUACUGUAGGUGUACUGGAGGAAGGAGCGAGGGAGGAUGGCAGAGAAAGGGGAAAGUGAUAAUAGGGUCAUUAUUUUGAUAGAGAGAAGAGAUAACAAGAAAGAGAGCCUCAGCACUUCCCUUCCCUGUGGUAAUUGGAGAGAGAGAGAGGAAAGAGAAAAAACUUCAAUUUCCAAAAUGUUCAAUCCAUAACUGGCACAGACAAACAGGUGGGGUGGGUAUGAUUUCCAGAAGCUAUUGAGUUUGAAUGCUCAAUUUGAUUACUUGAAAUUGCCAAAGCACAUCAGCCCACAGAGAGCAGCUCAUCUAUAAUUAUUUAACAACAUUGCAGAGUGUUACCCUGAAAGUCUCUUAAAGUAUAUCUGAACUAUUCAGUCAAUUCUGCAGACGGCCCAGGUAUUGUAUUUGCCGUCCGUUCUGGGGAGUCUGCCAAUGUUUUCUGGGUAAUUUAGAAACCUUCCUGUUAUGAAUGACUGCUUUCCUCGCAGAACAGAACUGUUGUUUCUCUUCUUUGAAUUCUCUCUCCCUUUCUCCCUCCCUCCUUCUUCACCUUUCUUUCUAGUCCUCUUCUUCCCCCUUGUUCCCUCCCUCCCUCUCUCUUCACCUCUCUUUCUAGUCCUCUUCUUCCCCCUUGUUCCCUCCCUCCCUCUCUCUUCACCUCUCUUUCUAGUCCUCUUCUUCCCCCUUGUUCCCUCCCUCCCUCUCUCUUCACCUCUCUUUCUAGUCCUCUUCUUCCCCCUUGUUCCCUCCCUCCCACUCUCUUCACCUCUCUUUCUAGUCCUCUUCUUCCCCCUUGUUCCCUCUCUCCCUCUCUCUUCACCUCUCUUUCUAGUCCUCUUCUUCCCCCUCGCACCCUCCCUCCCUCCCUCCCUCUCUCUGUCUUUAUCUCUCCUCUAUUGUUGGCCAAUAAAGAAAGGAUUAGUGCCAGUCUCCUUUCGUGAGUUAGAAGAAAGGGAACAUAAGUCGACGAGACACAUUAAGGAAAAUCAUAAUUAUUUUAAAAUGCCCUUAAAGGGAUUAAAAUGUUAAAAUGUCUUAAAGAGAAACAAAUGAGUGAAAGGAAAGGAAUGAAUAAAGAAAAAUACAUGUUGGAUAUUUUUCUGAAUGCCAUGCACACACACACACACACACACACACACACACACACACACACACACACACACACACACACACACACACACACACACACACACACACACAAACACGCGCACACACACACACACACACACACACACACACACACACACACACACACACACACACACAAACACGCACACACACACACACACACACACACACAAACACGCACACACACACACACACACACACGCAAACACGCGCACACACACACACACGCACACACACACGCAUACACACACACACACGCACACACACACACACACACACAUACAUACACACACACACACACACACACACACACACACACGCAUACACACACACACACACACACACACACACACACACAUACAUACAUACAUACAUAUCUCUGAAUUCUUUAUUUGUAUAAAAAUGUAAACAGUAAGAUAACUUAAAUGAAUCUUUUAAGAAAUUGACUAUUGAAAGCGUUAUGAAGCUACUAUACUAACACAUUAUUAGCCUCGAGGUACAAAAACAAACUAGUGUCCAGUGAUCAAAAUAGAAAAUAUGAAGAAAAAAAAUAAUGUUUCAUUUGUCUUUAUGAAAUACCUGAGGUCUUAUUGAUUUUUUUAUUAAUUCUUGUUAUUAUUUGGACUAUUAUGAUUGUUAUUAUUAUUACUGUUAUGAUUGUUAUUAUGAUUACUGUUAUGAUUAUUGUAAAUGUUAUAACUGUACACCUCCCAUGUUCGUUGUUUUUGGUUAUUCUAUAGAAACUGCUGUCUUUCCACUUCUCUCUGACUCUGUCUCUCUAGUUCUUUCUAUCUUUGUCUCCUGUGUCUAUUUGUCCCUUCUUCUCGUCUUUCACUACUGUUUAUUUUAUAGUCAUGUUGAUAUAGCUAACUAUUUCUUUAUAGGGGAAAAGAUACAAAGCACGACAAAAUAAAAAAAUACUUCCGAAAUAACACAG